AAUCUCACAGACGCCUUCGCUUAUCUCAUCAGUAGCUGAUCGAUAAGAGCCAGGCCGCAGAAGAGCACGCACACUAGCAGUAGACAGUAGUAGAGCUUCCUUUCAUCAGUAGGCAGCGCCGCAAAACCCCACUGCACAGAGAUCAGUAGUAGCCAUGCCGGAAGCGCCGCCAACGGCGCCGAUGCCAGAGGCGGCAUCGGCGUCCUGGGACUGGGAGGACGCGCACCGCAAGACGCUGGACCUGAUCGAGCACCUGACGACGUACCCGGCGGAGACGCAGCAGCUCGUGCUGAAGGAGAUCCUGCAGCAGAACGCGCCGGCCGAGUACCUGCGCCGCAUCGUGGGCGUGUCCGGCGCCUCGCCCGGCGCCGCCGAGGACUUCCGCCGCCUGGCCCCGCUCGUCACCUACGAGGACAUCCUCCCCUUCGUCACCCGCAUCGCCAACGGCGACUCCUCCCCCAUCCUCUCCGGCAGGCCCAUCCGCGAGUUCCUCACCAGCUCGGGGACGUCGGGAGGGGAGAGGAAGCUGAUGCCGAGCAUCGCGGAGGAGAUGGAGCGGCGGAGCCUGCUGUACAGCCUGCUGAUGCCGGUGAUGAGCCAGGCGGUGCCGGGGCUGGACAAGGGCAAGGCCAUGUACCUCUACUUCGUCAAGGCGGAGUCGCGCACCCCGGGCGGCCUGCCCGCGCGCCCCGUGCUCACCAGCUACUACAAGAGCCGCCAUUUCCGGGAGCGCGCCCACGACCCUUUUACGGUGCACACGAGCCCCGACGAGGCCAUCCUGUGCGUGGACGCGCACCAGAGCAUGUACGCGCAGCUGCUCUGCGGCCUCGUGCACCGCGCCGACGUGCUCCGCGUGGGCGCCGUCUUCGCGUCCGGGUUCCUACGCGCCAUCGACUUCCUCCGCCAGCACUGGCCGCGGCUGUGCCAUGACAUCCGGACCGGCGCCGUGGACGCCGGGGUCAUCACGGACCGUGCCGUGCGCGGCGCGGUGGAGCGCGUGCUCCGGGCGCCGGACCCGGCGUUGGCCGACGCCGUGGAGGACGCCUGCGCGGGCGCGUCGUGGCAGGGGAUCAUACGGAAGGUGUGGCCCAACACCAAGUACAUCGAUGUCAUCGUCACGGGCGCCAUGGCGCAGUACAUCCCCACCCUGGAGCACUACGGCGGGGGUUUGCCGUUGGCGUGCACCAUGUACGCCUCUUCCGAGUGUUAUUUUGGGUUGAACCUGAACCCGAUCUGCGACCCCGCCGAGGUCGCCUACACGCUCAUCCCCACAAUGUGCUUCUUUGAGUUCCUCCCCGUCCAAUCCAACGCAGAGACCGGCGAAGAGCCUGACCACCGCGACCUGGUCGGCCUAGCCGACGUCAAGCUCGGCCACGAGUACGAGCUCGUCGUCACCACUUACUCCGGGCUGUAUCGUUAUCGUGUGGGCGACGUGCUGCGGGUGGCGGGGUUCAAGAACGCGGCGCCGAGUUUCAACUUCGUGCGGCGCAAGAACGUGGCGCUGAGCAUCGACGCUGACAAGACGGACGAGGCGGAGCUGCACGCGGCCGUGAGCGCCGCCGUGCAGCACCUGGAGCCGUUCGGGGCGUCUUUAGUGGAGUACACGAGCUACGCGGACACGGCGGGGACAUCCCCUGGCCACUACGUGCUCUUCUGGGAGCUCCGGCUCCGCGCCUCCGGGACGCCGACGCCGAUGCCGGUCCCGGCAUCGGUGUUCGAGGACUGCUGCCUGGCCAUGGAGGAGUCGCUCAACAGCGUCUACAGGCAGUGCCGCGUCGCCGACCGCUCUGUCGGCCCUCUCGAGAUCCGCGUCGUGGCGGCGGGGACCUUCGACAAGCUCAUGGACUACGCGCUCAGCCGUGGCGCUUCCAUUAACCAGUACAAGGCGCCGCGCUGCGUGCGCCCGGGGCCCGUCGUGGAGCUUCUGGACGGCAGGGUUGAAGAGAGGUACUUCAGCCCCAAAUGCCCCAAGUGGAACCCCGGGAACAAGCAGUGGGCCGCCGCCACCAACAACAACGCCAAGACGAUGAGCAACACCAGUUAAUUAAUCCGUCAAUGGAGUUGCAUACUUGCAUGGCUUCCGGAUGAUGAUGAUCGAGCUAAGUUAAGUCACGUCUGAUCAAGCGGCUAGUUAAUUAAGAGAGUGAUCGACAGAGAGAAGUAUAGUACUACUCUGUGCAUUGGGAGACUUGAUAAGGAGCUGAGCCGCGUUUAUUAAUGUCUGUGUUUAGCUAAUCAUGGUUAGGGUGCCGUAUCUAUGGGCUUUUGUUUCUUCUUCCCCCCCUUCUUCUGCAUGUGUGAUAAAGUAGUGGAGUAGUGGCAGCUGAGAAGUGACCUUCUUGUCUCUUGUUUCUUUGUCAUUUUUGGGAGGUCUCCGUGCUACCAAUUUUAUGUUGCUGCCAAUGCUUCCCAUUACUUUCGAGGAAUUAUUGAAGCUCGAGAAUCGUACUUGCA